AGAGCCCGUCGGUCGAGUAAUCGAAUGGUGUCGGUGCCCGGUCACUCUCCGGACUCUAAUCCAACUCCUCGUUCACCUCAAUUUACCUUCAUCCAAAAUGUGAAUUUCUGGAACCAAAGGAUAUAAAGCGACCUUUCCUGACUGUUUCGACUCAUCCUCUUUCAACGUGCAAGUCCCUGGCGAUGCCCGCAAUGCCUUUGGACGAGAACGAGCAGCGCGUGAGGCUGGUCAUUCUGGGUGGGCCGAAGGUAGGCAAGAGUUGCCUCUUGCGGAAAUUCCUCUUCAACACAUUUCUGGACAAGUAUCGACCGACGGUCGAAGAUAUGUUUUUUAAAGAAUUCAACCUCGAAAGCGUCACUUUGAAGGUUGACUUCCUCGACACUGCUGGAGACAAUCAGUUUCCAGCGAUGCGCCGGCUGUCGAUCGCGAACGGUCAGGCGUUCCUGCUGGUGUACGCCAUCGAUGAUCCCAACUCUUUUGAUAUGCUCAAGCAAUCGUUCGAAGAAAUCCGGGAGGGCAAACCCGAAUACCAGAAUGCGCCUGUGAGCGGACGUCGAUGCUCGCGGAUCCCUUUCGGAUCUUUCCUCCGGGGAGCUAAGCGGGAGAAUCCCGAGACUUAUAAUAAUCACAUACUGGAUAAAGCUCGAAUUGUGCGUAAUAAAACGUCUCACUUCUACCAUCAGGAUCUUCCGAUUGUGGUUUGUGGUAACAAGAACGAUACCCCAGAGCUGCGUCGCGAAGUCAGCAAACAGGACGUCAGCGAGUGGCUGUACUGCGAACUCCCUCGAUUGAAGACGAAGCUCGUGGAGUGCUCUGCCAAGGACGGGAACAACGUGCAGGAGGUGUUCCGCUCGUUUAUCCCUCUGUCUGGGAUUCAGCUCAAGACCUUGGUAGAGAGCGUCCCUACGACCCCGCAGCUCCGAAGGAGAUCCUCGGUACAUCUACCGAAAAGAUUCAGCAGCCCCAAAGAGCAGCUUCCCACGGAACCACCGUCCGCCCUGCAGAAUUGUUCGGCGCUUAAGUCCAAGCCCAGAUCAAGGUCGCUGAUUCGUCGGACGAGUAAAAAGAACAAAGUGAAGACUAAUGACGAUUGUACCGUUUCCUAG